UUGAGUAUAAGUAGUGCUCCUGUCUUGAGAGCGCCAGUGUGAACUCUGUAUCAUCUCCCAGCAAUAUGGCGGACACGAACCUGGCCCCCAGCACAGCGACAUCCGUCCAGAACACUACUCACGCAAAGCUGCCUUCAUUCAAGCACCCUUUGGACCCUUUGACUCCCGAUGAGAUCGUCGCAGUGUCGCUCGGUGUGCGGCGCCAUACCGCAGCGAAUACAGACAUUAAGGCCAUUAGGUUCAUUACAAGCUAUCUCCUUCCACCCCCUAAGAAAGCUGUCCUCGCUUACCUGGGAAUCCCGCUCGACCCUGGCGAGAAACCCGAGCGCGCAACGGAAAUCAUAAGGAAGGCUGAGGUCGAUUUCUUUGAUGUCGUUACAGGACAUGCGUACAAUACCGUUCUAGCUCUCAAGGAUGGGCAAUGGGAGGUGGAAACGCUCGAGAAGUUACCUGAGGGCGUGCAGCCUCAGAUUUCCGUCGAAGAGCUUCUCCUGUGCGAAAAGAUCAUCCGGGAAGACAAGCAAGUGCAGAAGCUUGCUGCCGAUGUUGGUGUAUUGCCAGAGCAGUUGCAUGCCGAUGGAUGGGCCAUCGGCUACGACUCGCGCUUCCCGAAGAAGAGCCGCAUUCAACAGGCCCUCCUAUUUGCACGGUUUUCUCGUCAUGACAACUUGUAUGCCCACCCUAUGGAUUUUAUACCUGUAGUCGACUCCAUCGCUCAGAAAGUCAUUCAUAUCGACUUCCCUCCGCGGUAUCUGCCGAAAGCAUCGCCCAACUCGUUCUUCACUAAGAGCGGGCUUGAGCUUGAGCUCUCAGCUCCGACGACUGUCCCGCCGCCGUUGGAAGAAGACUCGUUGGCCGCAUCCAAGCGCGAGCGAGUCCCACCGCCACGCGAGGCAUGGGACUUCCUCCCGGAUCUCAUGGCAGAGAAGCCUGGCGACAACUUCAAAGUAAGGGACGACUUGAAACCGCUCCAUGUCGUGCAGCCGGAGGGUGUCAGCUUCAAGAUCGACGGCCACGAGUUGGAAUGGCAGAAGUGGAAGAUGCACAUCGCGUUCCACCAUCGAGAGGGAAUUGCGCUUUCUACUAUCACUUACAACGACGAUGGGAAUAUACGGCCGAUUUUCUAUCGCCUCUCCCUCGCUGAGAUGGUCGUCCCGUAUGGUGCGCCGGAGCACCCUCACCCAAGGAAACAUGCGUUCGACGUUGGCGAAUACGGCAUGGGUACCAUGGCCAACGAGCUUUCGCUGGGCUGUGACUGCCUCGGAACGAUUCAUUACUUGCCUGGUUCGUAUGUCGCUCACGACGGGAGUGCGGUUGUGAUCAAGAACGUGGUCUGCAUCCACGAAGAGGAUGCUGGAUUGUUGUGGAAGCAUACUGACUUCCGUGUGGGAGGUCGCGCUCAUGCUGUGCGCAGUCGUCGAUUGGUCGUCAGUAUGAUAUGCACUCUGGCCAACUACGAAUACAUCUGGAAUUACUACUUCUACCAAGACGGGAACAUCGAGCUCGAGGUCCGGCUGACGGGUAUUGUCCAGGUCUACGUGAAAAACGAGGACGAACCUACCAGGUUUGGGACGACCCUUGCGCCGGGCAUCAACGCGCACUAUCACCAGCACCUGUUUUCGAUCAGGGUCGACCCCAUGAUUGAUGGUCUGCACAACACGGUGGUGGAGACCGAUAUCAUACCUCUGCCGGAUGCGCCGACGGGGUCUAUAGCCAACUAUGCCGGCAAUGCGUUCCUCACUGCGGAUCACCCGAUCACCGUCCAGAGCGAAGGCGCACGCGAAGUGAGCUACGAGAAGGAUCGCCGAUGGUCGAUCAUCAACCCUAAGAAGCGGCACCCGUACUCGGGCAAGUUCGUCGGAUACAGCAUCACUGGGCUUAAAGGCGCCGCCACGAAGCUUAUGGGACGCGAGGAUGGCGUUGUCGCGGUCAGGGCACCGUUCGCAAAGAAGCCACUGUGGGUCGUCAAGGAUGUCGAGACACCCAAGGGCGGAAGAAUGUGGCCGUCGGGCAAGUAUGUUCCGCAGACCAGGGAGGCGCCCGAGGACUCGCUGGAGAAAUGGGUGCAAGGUGACGACAACCUUGCUGAGGAGGAUGUCCUUGUGUACAUCACCACCGGUGUUACCCACAUCCCGAGACCAGAGGAUUGGCCUGUGAUGCCUGUCGAGCACGUCAACCUCCUGUUCAGGCCGACAAAUUUCUUCAAGAGCAACCCUAGCAUGGAUGUUCCAGGAGCAAAUGAUCAUCGCAGUGUGCCUGCGUUCUCAGAGAACGGUGCAGGCGCGUGCUGUUCCAACUGAGUGGUGCAAGAAAAGUCGCAGAAGAGAAUAUCAAUAAUGAUUGUAACAAGGAGAAUGUAUACGUAUCAAAUAUGGUAUCUGACCAGAUGUAUUCAUGCUGUCUGUAUGGCCAGU